AUGGAGAUUCGGUGUUGUCUCUGUUGCGAAGACUAUCGAAUAGUUAUUGAAGACGAAUAUUCUGGGACUCCGGGCAGUGAAUAUACGUGCUGUCAGGGGACCGUUCAUAUCAAGACAGCUACCAUGUACGUCGGGAUUUCGGCCAUCGUGCUGUCGAUUUUCUCGACAAUCUGCAUGUUCUUCGGCAUCUACUCAGUCAAUCUUUGGCUCGAUAUAAUUCUAAUAAUCGUAAAUACGCUGGUGGCAAUCAUCCUCCUCGUUGGGGUCUACUAUGAAAAGGCGUGGAUGAUGAUCCCAUUUAUUGUCACGGAAAUCGCCCAAUGUGUUAUUUUCUUUUCACUAGCCACCUAUACGCUAUAUUAUACCUUCCAGCCAGACAAUAAGCAAGAUUAUUUGCGAAAAUUCGAUCAAAUGCUAAUGGUGAUCUCCAUCUAUGUAGGAAUUAUUGUUUGCGGCUCGGCAAUUUGGGCAGCAGCAAAAUGCUACCAUUUCUUCCGGGACAAAACGAGAAACCCCGAAGUUUGCCCGCCUCCGCCCGAGCCGCCCAGGGCAAUGCAAACUUCCACCCAGGCUAAUGGGACGAAUGGCGGAUAUUGGUUG